UUUACUAGUUUACUAAUUAAUUGGGAGGGACAUUUGAACCUCAAUCCGAAUCUUGAUAUCAACAAUCUUCACGACCACCUACGACAAAACUUGCGACAGCUUACGACAACUCUAACGGCCAUUGAUCCCUCAUAAAUAAUAGCAUGCUCUUUCUCCUUUACAUGUCUUGAAUUAUACAUUCGUUUCAUCAUUUCCUCGCCGCUCUACGACGAAUUAAUAGUACUUUACAUGCAAUUAAAAUUCUAAUGGUUGCCCGAGCCUCCCUCUGUUGAUCUGUUUGUUUGGUGCUACUAAUACUCUUGUCGACAUGGGGAUCAAUGGUACAUAUAUAUAUUCCCUAAUGAUUACUCACUCAAGUCGUCCCACGUUAACCACGCGUAGGCCUUCUCCCUUUGCUCAAAUCCAUUCAAAAGCCAUGUAAUUUGAAAAAGUUUGAUGGCAAAACCCUUGGGGUGGAUGCUUAUGGUUGGCUACACCGUGGGACUGUAUCAUGUGCUAUGGAUCUUGCUAUGGGAAAGCCAACAAGAAAGUAUGGAGCCUGAGCCCAGUUAGGAAGGAAAUAUGCUAACUAAAAAAGCAGAUAUGUUGAGUAUUGUAUGCACCGGGUACGAAUGUUGUUGCAUUUUGGUGUCACUCCCUACUUGAUCUUCGAUGGUGACUAUUUGCCAAGUAAAGCUGCAACAGAGAAGGACAGAGAAAAGCGCCGGAAAGAUUGCAAACGAAUGGGACAAGAGUUAUUGAAUGCUGGAAAGACCUCCCAAGCAUACCUGGAAUUUCAGAAAGCGGUUGAUGUGACUCCAGAGAUGGCCCGUCAUGUAAUUGAUGAGUUGAAAGAUAUGGGAGUACAAUAUAUUGUCGCUCCGUAUGAAGCGGAUGCCCAAAUGGUUUACCUGGAACGACAAGGCAUAAUCGAUGGAAUACUAUCUGAAGACUCUGAUCUUUUGGUGUUUGGUGCUAAAUGUCUUCUAACCAAGUUAGAUCAGUACGGCAACUGUAUCGAAGUCAACAAGGGAGAUUUUUGUGCUUGCAAAGACGUCAACUUAACUGGUUGGUCCGAUGCCGAAUUUCGGAGGAUGGCAAUCCUAAGUGGCUGUGAUUAUCUAGCUAGCAUGAGCAAUAUGGGGCUCAAGACGGCUUAUCGGCUAGUUCGGAAGCAUAAGACUAUCGAAAAAGUCGUUCGUAUGAUUCAAUUUGACGGGAAAUUUCACGUGCCGAAAAACUACCUUGAAUCUUUUUAUCAAGCCGAGUUUACUUUUUUACAUCAAAGAGUUUUCUGUCCACGAACUCUCAAAUUAGUCCUCCACACCCAACCUGGUAUUCCACUUACGGAGGAUCAAACCCAAUUUAUUGGACACGACGUUUCACCGGAGAUUGCUCGAGGGGUUGCAAAAGGCGAUUUGGAUCCUAUCACGAAACAACCCAUUGUGACUGAACGAAGAAACAAGAUGGCAAAUCCUUUCACGGCCUCGAAGAGAUCUGUCUCCACGAACGACUUAAAGAAGGGUGUUUCCAUUGAUACAUAUUUCAGAGCUAAGCGAACCCCUCUUGCGGAGCUUGACAUCAAUUGCUUUCAAGCUUCUCACAGUCAACAAGAGAUUCUUUCUCGGAAUUCAGGGGCGUGGAUUGCUGAGCCAGUUCGUCCAUACUUACAAAGAUCUACAACUGAAAUAGAACCUCAAUUGCCUCCUCAUCCCACUCCUCAAACCUCCAGAUCGACUGGAAGAAGAGUGAAUUCGCUUACCGAAUCUCGACCACCAAAACGUGCACGACUUUGUGAGGAUGAUUCAGUACUUCAAACACCUGUAACUGGUCAGAAAGUGGAGCUAGGUCGAAGCCGUUUCUUUGCGGAUGGGUUUGAAGAUGACAGCCCAAGUAUUUCCAAGAUCUCUAAGAGGAAGAAUAAACAGAAGGAAGAUAUAACCAUCUUUUCGGAUGAUUCGAUUGAAGAAGCUAUGAUGAGCAUUCCAGAUAUCGAUAACUAUUUGACAGCCAGGAAGCCAAAAAUUAAAAUCUUCAGAGAGGCUUCAUCCAAAUCUACUCAUGAUUCCCAGGAAAGUACGAGUACCUUUAGUCAGCACGAUCAGACUGAAGACUCUCAGAUUACGGUCCCUGACCUCGAAUCAUCUAUCACCAGCAGGAACUCAUCUGAGCAGCCACCCUCUCCAAUCCUUGAAUCGUCCACCCCGCUUCCUGACCUCAAGAGCAGGUUUUCCCUUGAUGCUUCAACUUUUUCAACACCAAAGACUACUACCCUUAGUCAAGGUCUUCCAACUCCACUGUCCACUUCCACGCAGUUUCAGUCGAGGAUCCCUGUUUCAGCAAAGUUGAACACCACAGCUACAAAGAAAUCUGUCACCACCUCUGCCAAAUCUGUCCUCACACCUCUUCAACGACUGGGUGCUGCUGCACAUAAUCGCUUCAAGCUACCACCCACACCUCCAAUGACUCCCAUGCUGGCCGCCGGUCCCAUCGCCUUUCUUCGAACAACCAGCGUUUCUUUUCCCGAAGCCACCAAAGAGAAAAAGUCAAGAUUAGCAGAUGUUCAACCGACAUCCGUUCCAUUGCCUCCAAUCGAUGACACUGAGGUAGCUGCUUUGACCCAAGAAGGUAGUGAAGAUUUGAUUAUACCAGAUAGUGAUGGAGAGGAAGAGCCAUUGUCACCUGUUGAAGAAAAGUCAAAUAAGGGAUUAAGGUUAGGCCUCAAUUUAGGACGAUUUGUUUAUGCCGGUUGAGGGUAUCAUCAUAACGUAUUCGGAAACGAUCAAUACUACGGCUCCCACAACACGAUGAGCAAGUACACGUAUCCACAAUAUGACGAGCAAACUACUGAAGUUCGGGCUUGAUCGAAAUGAGAAGAAAAGAGCAUUUAUGUUGGAUUAAUGGAUUAAUUGUUACUAUUAGAUUUGCUGCACCCUUGGGUUUGGAAUGAGAAUCAGGGAAUUGAAGGAUCAAUUCAAAUUUGUGGUAUGCAAUGGGUUGCAAAAGAGUGUUUGGUGUUGGGAGUAAUGAAAGCAAAGAUCCAUUGUGUGUUUCUCAAUACCACUUGUGGAAGAGAAAGGUUAAAAAGAUGAUUAAAUAGCUAAGGACGAAGAUAGUGAUGAAGACGAAAACGAUAUCCUGUUGUGUUGCUCUUGUUUUUGAGCCUUUGAUAAGGCUGUUAUGGUUAGGAUUAGUAUUUAUUAGGGAGGAAAGGAAGUACAAAAUCCGAAAUGAUAUAUAUUCUUAAAGUAAAUA